GUACAGUGCAGGAUGAGGAACUAGCACCAUCUCGGCCUGCCAAACAGCCGGGAACGCCCAAAUAAACAGGCCCCCGUUGUCGCUGCCAAUAAAAUCCAUCACCCGAUUCUGUUUGGGUGGCGAGAUAGAGAUACCCCGUAUCACUAUCAUCCACGACCACAAUCUUCAGUUCUGGAGUGACAACCCAAGUUAAAGAUGGUGCAGACGCUGGCAAUGCCUGUGGCGCCUUCGCUCUCCCUUAUCUGCAACGGACUCCAAGCUACUUCUCUCUCCAACUUCGUCUCCCUCCCGCUCUCAACCUCUCCCAAGGGUUUGAGUCAACUGAAUUUGGGAUUAGGUUGGUGGGCUGAGCAUCCGAUGCGUCCGUGUUGGUGGUGUGGAAAUCCCCAAUGGGAAGAGAGUUGAGUACUCGCUUCAGUACAUCCAUGGCGUCGGCCGCUCAAUGUCGCGCCAAAUCCUGGCUGACCUGAGCAUUGAGAACAAGAUAACCAAGGACUUGUCCGAGGAGGAGCUCACUAACCUCCGUGAUGAAGUCUCCAAGUACACCAUUGAAGGAGAUUUGAGGCGGUUCAAUGCACUAAACAUAAGGAGGUUGAAGGAGAUUCAGUGCUACAGAGGCGUGAGGCAUAUCCAGGGUUUGCCCUGCAGGGGACAGCGCACUAAGAACAACUGCCGGACCUUGAAGGGUAAGCGGGUCGCCAUUCCCGGCAAGAAGAAAGCUCGUUGAUUGUGUUCCUUCUCAUUUCUCAAGUGCUUGCUCUGUUGUAAUGCUCUGUGAUUACCAUUUCUAGUGAUUUUCGUUUGUGGUUUUUGUAAACUGCCAGAAUAGAAUCCGGAUACGAGUUUGUCGUUCAGGUUUUAUCAUCAUCAUCAUCAUCAUCA